AGUAUAAUAAGCGUUUUUUUGAAAAUAUUUUUUGUUAACGAUGUAUCUGGAGCCAAACUAGAAGUCAUGAGAAUGACCUUAUCAGUCUUAUUGCUUAUUAUUUUUAGUGCAAAAGUAGCGAUUUUGCAGAGAUAUGAUGGUUAUCCAUAUGAAGCAGAUUUCCUGGAUAUGGAUCCUGAUUCGAUUUUGGAAGAGAACGCUAUAAUUACAGCAAAUGCCACAUGUGGCAUAAACCGUAAAGAAUAUUUCUGUCGGCUUGUUGAACAUGCUGAUGGCUUUAUCACAUACGAUGGUCGAUUACAUCGAACACCAAGGGAAGUUUUGACUUACAGCCAGGAAGCCAAGUCUUAUCGUGACCCAAGUGGGCAAUGGGUGCAAUGUGGUUAUUGUGAUGAUAGAGAUCCUAAUUUACGGCAUCCAAUUGAAUAUGUUCUCAGUGGUGAAGCCAAUUUGUGGUGGCAAAGCCCAUCUUUGGCCCAAGGUUUACAAUACCAUGCGGUUACAAUCACUAUGGACUUUCGUCAGGUAUAUCAAAUAGUCUAUGUUCUUCUACGUAUGGGUGAUAGUCCUCGACCAGCUAAUUGGAUCCUAGAACGUUCAGUAGAUGGUGAAGUGUAUCAUCCAUGGGUAUUUUUUGCUAAAACUGAAUAUGACUGUAAGAAGUUAUACGAACCGUUAAUUGAUCGACCGCUAACUAUUACAAGUGGACCAAGACCAUGGCAUUUGGGUGAUGAUGAAGUUUAUUGUACAACAUUUUACAGUCAACCUCAAGCAUUACAAUCAGGUGAAAUUAUUGUAACUUUAACAUUAGAUCGUGAAAGUACCAUAUCUACUGAAUCGGGUCUUGAAAGUCCGAUAUCAUCAAAGUUAAUUGAUUUCUUGUCUGCACGAUUUGUACGAUUACGUUUCCAACAAUUACAAACACUUUCUGGUGAUUGGAUGGCUAUGCCAAAUCAAUUAGACAGUUCAGUUUACAAUAGGUAUUAUUACUCAAUUCGAACGAUUAAAGUUGGGGGAAAAUGUGUGUGUAAUAGUCAUGCCAGUCGAUGCGAACAGAAAGUAAUUGAUGGUGUACCUCGAGCCGUGUGUGACUGUCAACAUAACACAUGCGGAAACAAUUGUGAAAAGUGUUGUCCAUUGUUCAAUCAACAACCAUGGCGUCCAGGAAGAAUAUGUGAAGAGUGUAACUGUAAUCAAAAGGCAGAUGAAUGUAUUUAUAAUCAAACAGUCGCUAAUCUUCGUUUAAGCAUGCGUAAAGAUGGUGUUCUAGAAGGUGGAGGAGUCUGCUUAAACUGUCGUGAAGAUACAACUGGUGUAAAUUGUGAAAAAUGUAAACAAGGUUAUUAUCGCCCAUUAAAUGUCCGACCUGACUCACAAUAUCCUUGUAGACCAUGUGAAUGUAGUACUUUUGGUUCAACUGGUGACUGUACAUCUAAUGAUGCUGAAAUACCAGAACGAUAUCCUGGAGAUUGCAUCUGUAAAGAAGGUUAUGCAGGUAGACGUUGUGAUGAAUGUGCUGAAGGCUAUCAACGUUCUAACAUUGAUCCUCAAUUAUGUAUACCAUGUACAUGUGAUAUUAGAGGAAGUCAUCGUGGCCCAGGAUAUCAAUGUGAACCACCAUGUAAUUGUAAGAUUAAUGUUGAUCCAGAUUCUUAUUGUAAUACAUGUCAAAAAGGAUUUUUCAAUUUAGAUGUUAAUAAUCCAGAAGGUUGUCAAUCAUGUUAUUGUUCUGGUCUUACUGAUCAAUGUACUGGUGUUACAUCAUCUACUGCAAUGAUAUUGGAAAGAAAAGGACUACUUGGUCCAGUCAACACUUUAGCGAAUUGGAAAAUUAUUGUACCAAGCUUAUCUACACCAGAUACAAGUUACACAAUACCAAUGACAGAAACAUCUGUACAAUAUGAUAAAGUUUUAUUUGCUCAAACACGUGCAGUUGAAAGUUGGCUUUCAUCAGUUACUUCAACACCAGUUACACGCGGUUAUUAUUGGUCUGCACCAGAAGCAUAUUUAGGCAAUCAAAUAACAGCUUAUCGUGAUACAUUGAAUAUUAUUUUACGUUUUAAUUCACCUACUAUGUUAACAUAUCGUACACCAACAAUAAACAUGGACAUAUCAGGCAGUAGACAAUUUUCUUUAUCGAUGGCUAUGACUGACCACUUAAAUUAUAUGUGGCUACAUGAACCAGAUAUUGUAAUUGAGGGUAAUGGUUAUCGACUAGUUCAUAUGCUAUCGCCAUCCUAUCGUGAAAGUCAUAUGAUUUUAAAUAUUCCAUUAAGUGAAUCAUCAUUCCGUGUAAUUGUUGAACCGCCGACCUCUAUACCAUUAGAUCGUUUUCCUAUAAGUUGGUUACAGGGUGAUCAAUUAAGAUUUGAUGAGUCAACAUUGGAACGAGUUGGUCGACCAGCAACAAUAGCCGAUAUAAUGACUGUGUUAUCCAGUAUAGACAGAUUAUUGAUUAAAGCUAAAUAUAUUACCGAUCAAACAACAACUGAAUUAAUGUCUGUUACACUUGGUCGUGCAUUACGUGAUGAAACUGGUGGAAUACCAAAUAUUGAAGAAUGUAUUUGUCCAAAUGGAUAUUCAGGAUCAUCUUGUGAAUCAUGUGCAACUGGUUAUUAUCGUGAUUAUCAAAAACAAUCAACAAUACAAACUAAUCAAACUUCUUUUACUUCAUCAACAGCUUUAUCAUUAUGGCGUUCAACUAUGAUGACACAGUUACCUGUUUGUGUACUAUGUGAAUGUCAUGGACAUUCAGAUAUUUGUGAUGAGAAGACUGGAGUAUGCAUUGAUUGUACUCAUAAUACUGCAGGAGAUAAAUGUGAUAUAUGCGCACCGGGAUUUUAUGGGGAUCCACGAACCGGUGACCCAACAGCAUGUAAAUCAUGUGAGUGUCCUCAUUUAGAUUAUCAAAUGACAACAAUUUGCUUGGCACAUGAAGAAGAAGUAUUUAAAGAGGAAAAACCUUAUGUUUGUUUGGACUGUACAGAAAAUACUCGAGGUCGAUAUUGUGAAGUAUGCGCAGAAAUGUAUUAUGGUGAUCCACUGAAUGGAGUGCCAUGUCGUCCAUGUAAUUGUGGACCCGCUGCUAUAGGAUGCAAUUCAACAAAUGGAGCUUGUAUCUGUGGAUUUAAUACAGCUGGACCGCAAUGCGAUGCAUGCGCUGAAGGAACGCAUGGAGAUCCAACUAGAGGACAACCAUGUAGACCUUGUAAUUGUCAUCCAAAAGGCAGCAUCUCUCCAUCAUGUAGACUUGAAGACGGUCAAUGUAAUUGUUUAUCAACAUAUGAAGGUGUUAGAUGUGAUCGUUGUAUAUCUGGUCGUGGUAAUACAGAAGCUGGUUGUCCACCAUGUCAAUGUGAUCCUAUUGGUACCAGACCAGAAUAUUUAACAGUAUGUGAUCCUGUCUCUGGACAAUGUUCUUGUAAACCAGGAGUUGGUGGUACUUUAGACUGUUCAACAUGUCAAGUAGGAUAUUAUAAUCUAGGUCCAAAUGGAUGUACAGAGUGCAAAUGUACUUCAAGAGCAAUCGAUCGAACAUGUAAUCCAAUCACAGGUCAAUGUAAAUGUGGUGAGAAUGUAAUUGGGGAUACAUGUGAUAAAUGUUUGCCUGGAUUCUAUUGGAAUAACACUGGAUCAAAUUGUUUACCAUGUAAUUGUGGAAUUGGAACUGAAUUAACUAGAACACUAACUCAGUUAACUGAAUGUGAUAUGAAUACUGGUCAGUGUAAAUGUGCUCCACAUGUAGUAGGACGAGAUUGUACAGAAUGUGAAUUGGGAUAUUUUGGUGUUUCUGAAAAUGGUUGUAAACCUUGUUUACCUUGCCCAAAUGGUCAAGUUUGUGAUCAGAUUACGGGAAAAUGUAUUUGUCCACCAAAUACUGAAGGUGAUCGAUGUGAUAGAUGCGUUGCUGGUUCAUGGGACUAUAAUCCAGUGAUUGGUUGUAAAAAAUGUAAUUGUUCGAUAGAUGGUUCCGUUAUAGGCCUUGAAGAUCAAUGUGAUUUAACCACAGGACAAUGUACAUGUAAACCAGAAUUUUCAGGUCGUGCAUGUAAUGAAUGCAGUAAGGGUUAUUAUGGUUAUCCUUAUUGUAGAAAAUGCAACUGUGAUAUGCGCGGUACUGCAUGGGGAAAUUUAUCCAUAUCAGAUACGGUUGUACCAUGCAAUCCAAUUGAUGGACAGUGUAACUGUAAAGAAAAUGUUGAAGGUGAUCAAUGUGAUCAAUGUAAACCUGGAACUUUUGGUUUAAAUAUUGAUUAUCCACUUGGUUGUUAUACAUGUUUCUGUUUUCCAACUGGUACAUCAUCUCGUUGUAGUCUAUUGACAGGUUAUCGUUCGGUUCCAGGAAAAGUGAAAGGAGUUGAAAUAAUUUCUACUGAUGAUCCACGUUAUCCAGGUGGACCGUUAAUUGAUUUAAAACUUGGUUUAAGAGAUAUUGAUAUAAAUGAACUAACUAUUGGUUUAAGUCAAUUCAGUUGGCGUUUCUCUGUGCAUCGUCCAACUCAUUUAGAAAUACCAGAAUUAAAGGGUUCAUUAAUGCGUAAUUAUGGAAGUGUACUUAUUGGUGUAUUGACAGAAUGUCUACCAACUGGUGAUUGUAAACUUGGCAUUGAAGAUGCACAAACUACUAAUAUACUGUCAAAUAGAGAGAAUUUACCCGGAGGGUUAAUUAUACGUAGAAAUGAUAUUGUAGAUGCUCGAAUGACAGCACUGAAUGGUUACAUCGAAAUGGAAUAUCAACCAUCUGAUAAUUCACCUACAUCUAUUGCGGAUGGUUAUCGUCAAAUUUGGCUUCGUGAACAAGAUUGGGUGAUAACACGUGUAUCUGGUAUUGAUACACGUGUUCGACCAACACGUAAUGAAUUAAUGUUAACUUUACUUAAUGUUACAUCAUUCAGUGUACGUUUAUUUAUGCCUGAAGCAAAACCCAAACUUGUAAGUGUAAAAUAUAAAAUUUAUCAACCACGUACAGAAAUAACAACACUAUCUGGAAUUGAAAUUAAAACAAUUGAAAAAUGUGAAUGUCCACCGACUGCAUCCGGUGAUCAUUGUGAGAUUGCUUCAUCUGGAUUUUAUUUCCCACCAAUUAAACCAAAACCUGGACGUGAAAUUCUACCACCAACUGCCAUAAUUGAUCCUACUCUUCCAACAGGACACAUCAUUUGGGAAGGUGGAGCCCAGAAAUGCCGUUGUCAUGGUAUGUCCUCAAAUUGUGAUCCAGUCACUGGAAUAUGCUUGGAUUGUACUGGUAACACAGAAGGCCCAGAUUGUGGGAAAUGUGCUACAGGUUAUAUGGGUGAUCCAAAAAUUGGACAACCAUGUGUGAAAUGUCAAUGUCCUACUGAACAAACCGAGUAAGUAUUUUGUUGAUAAAAACAUACAUUAUAGUAUCUAAUUAAGCUUUUCUGACACAUAUUAUUAAGUUCAUCUUUCUACCUAUUAGGAUGGUUGUCACUGUUAUGUUUGUGGAAUGAUUAACUGACUUGUGCUCGGUGUUAAAAAUACCGAAUUUGACAGCUCGUAGUAAGAAUACAAAAACGAUAGAUUAGUAUUUGAAUGAAAAUCCUUUUCUACGAAACAAUUAACUUAAGUGGUCCAAUCGUAUUUAUGGUUGUUUGAUAAAUAUAUACGUUCAUAGAAACAUAGAAGAGGUUGUAUCAUAAAAUGAUCCGAGAUUUCAAAUAUCAAAAGGAGGUUAUGUACUGAUC